AUGGAGCGUGUAGAAAAAGCGAAGCAAGCUUACUACGGAGGUGAGAUCGCCAAAGAAGAAAAGAUAUUGGCCGAGGCAAUAGAAAAAUUCCAAUCGCUUCUUGACGAAGGCAAUCUUCAAUCCGAUGAAGAAAAAAAGAAGAACGGCGAAUUGCUCACGCGGUUAAAAUAUCAGCAACGGAUGCAAUCGAAGCAAGUGUUCAACAACGGAGAAUUGCUGUACGCGUACACAGCAAGUAUCCACAAGCAACCAAAAGAGGUGGUGGAAAUUCUCGUCUACGAUGAAGGCCACCCCGUCCACGAGCUCAUAGUGGCAUGGGAGAAGAUCAGCGCAAUGAUCGACGAGGUGACCGCCGCGAUCGACUCCCUUAAGAAGAAAGGACAGAUGCCCCCCGAAGAAGGUGCCUUUUACCCGAAGGACCUCAGCAAAUUAACGGAGCACACGCCGCCACGAGACAAUGAAAGCAUAAUCGCACAUUCUUCUGACCCAGGUUUCGAAGAAAAUGUGGAGAAAACAAUGCUCACCAAGCGAAGUCGCGAUCACCUUGAAACUGAGCGGCAGAAAAGGCAGGAAGAAAUCGAAAAUAGACCGCAAAAUACGCCCGGAAAUACAAGAGUCAACCCUGAGCGCGAAAACUUGACCGAUCCACUUGAAGAUAUGGAAAAUGCUCAAUUGCAGUAUCAUCCGCAUCAAAAAUGGGUCAAGCAUGAGCAGAAGCGCAAGUAUAAACCAGACGAACAGUUCCCAAUUUCCAGCAAAAUUACUCCCACUUAUAUUGAAAACUUGCAGGCGCUUUCCCUCAACAUCAGCGGCAAUUUCAAGCAGCACCGUGUUCUCCAGAAGCAAGAGCAAAAUACAAGACGUGAAUUUACCCAAGAGAGGCAGAGAGAUUCACCUGAACAUACAAAUGUGAAAUCUUCAGGGCAAGAACCGUUUGACCCAUUUAAAAAAACGGAAAAUAGUCAACUAAAUCGCCCGCUUGGAGAGUGGAUCCAACACUAUGCGAAUCAAAAGCUUGAAACUCGUGAAGGAUAUCCAAUUGACGAAGAGAAUACUUCGGGCAUCGUUGAGCGCUUCCAGACCACUUCUACCAACAGCGGAGAAUUCGAUGAACGAGUUGGGGAAUGGAUCCAGGAUCGGGCGGAACCAAAACUGGGAGCCCGUGAGGGAUUAUUUUCUUCCGGCAAUACCCCAACGGGCAUCCUGAAAGGCUUACAGGCAUCUUCAACAAGCAGCGGAAUUGCAGAUGAACGCAUUCGAUUGACCGGGCUUAAUGACAAUAGCGGCGUUGAAUUGCAUAAUUUUGUCCCGAGGCAGCACUCCAUGAUGCAGGAGCCACGUCUCAUAAUAACAACGACGAAAACUUACGAGAUUCCGGGUACAGUACCAGCUGUUCACGGUUUUCUUCAUUGCACUGAAGAAAUUCGUAUUUGCCGACAGACGGGCAAGCUCGUCCAUGAAAAAACGAAUAAAAAAAUUUCCACAGAGAAGAACGAAAAUUAG